GUCGCUUUAGUUAUAGCAUUGGUGUUUUAAUGCAAACACUUUGACCGGAAACGCAGAAACCGCUUUUAUUUUUGAAAUCUCUCGCAGAAAACAGCGCACCAGGCAGAGAGGGGCGUGGUUUUAUUUUGAAAAGUCGACGGAAGUUUGUCUCACCUCGCCGUGGGACUCAGUAGCUAGCGGUUGCACCACUCCCGUGUUUGUCGACAUUAGGUCCUCCUCCAGCGUCUUUAAAUUGCCUCCGCCGCCGAACAAACGACAUUUUUCGGGCACCUCGUUUACAAACACGCCUCACUUUAUGUGUGUUUCCGAGGAUAUUUAUCUCUCCGUGGGAGCCUCUGGUACAUAACGCGAAAACGCAAGCGGAGCUGUGCUUUUUUUUCUUUUCUUUUUCUUUUUGUAAGAGCCGCUGCUGACCGUGGUGGGCGGAUAAAGUCAAGCCGAGGAGGGCAUCCGGCCCUGGCAGCUCCGGAGAGUCCUUCCUGGAGGGACAGGAUUUACCAUUUUCAGGCUGUGAACUGCCCUGCUAUGGAGAAGAUGAAGAGGAUAAAGAAGCGCCUGUCGUUAACUCUCCGGCCCAGUCUGACCAUCGACGAAUCUCUGUCCGAACUGGCCGAGCAGAUGACCAUCGAGGACGGUGGGACAAAGGACAACGAGCCCUUCAUGAGGAAUGGCCGCCCCCCCACCUCCCACAGCAUGCACUCCUUCCUGCACCAGUACACCGGCUCCUUCAAGAAGCCGCCGCUCCGCCGGCCGCACAGCGUCAUCGGUGGGAGCCUGGGGUCCUUCAUGGCCAUGCCCCGCAACAACGGCAGCCGCCUGGACAUCGUCCAUGAGAACCUGAAGAUGGGUUCUGACGGGGAAAGUGACCAGGCUUCAGGAACAUCUUCAGACGAGGUCCAGUCCCCGACGGGCGUCUGUCUGAGGAACAGAGUUCACCGCCGGAUCUCCAUGGAGGACCUGAACAAGCGUCUGUCGCUGCCUGCUGACAUCCGCAUCCCAGACGGCUACCUGGAGAAGCUGCAGCUCAGCAGUCCGCCCUUCGACCAGCCGCUGAGCCGCCGCUCCCGCCGCGCCUCGCUGUCUGAAAUUGGCUUUGGGAAGCUGGAGACGUACAUCAAGCUGGACAAGCUUGGAGAGGGGACGUACGCCACGGUGUUUAAGGGACGCAGUAAGCUGACGGACAACCUGGUGGCGCUGAAGGAGAUCCGCCUGGAGCACGAGGAAGGAGCUCCCUGCACCGCCAUCAGAGAAGUGUCACUUCUAAAAGACUUGAAACACGCCAACAUCGUGACGUUACACGACAUCGUGCACACGGACAAGAGCCUCACACUCGUCUUUGAGUAUUUGGAUAAAGAUCUGAAGCAGUACAUGGACGACUGUGGAAACAUCAUGAGCAUGCACAACGUGAAGAUCUUUCUGUUCCAGAUUUUACGAGGGCUGUCUUACUGUCACAAACGGAAAGUUCUCCACAGGGACCUGAAGCCACAGAACCUCCUAAUCAACGAAAGAGGGGAACUGAAGCUGGCUGAUUUUGGUCUGGCGAGGGCGAAGUCCGUCCCCACCAAGACGUACUCCAACGAGGUGGUGACUCUCUGGUACCGGCCUCCCGAUGUCCUCCUGGGAUCCUCGGAGUACUCCACACAGAUCGACAUGUGGGGUGUGGGCUGUAUAUUCUACGAGAUGGCUGCAGGUCGGCCUCUGUUCCCCGGCUCCACUGUGGAGGAUGAGCUCCAUCUCAUUUUCAGGCUGCUGGGCACGCCCACAGAGGAGAACUGGCCAGGAAUCUCCACCAUUGAAGAGUUUAAAUCCUACAACUUCCCCAAAUACAAACCGCAGCCGCUGAUCAAUCACGCACCCAGGCUGGACAGCGACGGUAUUGAGCUGCUGCUGGCGUUCCUCAGAUACGAGUCCAAGGCGAGGAUUUCAGCUGAUGAGGCGAUGAAACAUUCCUACUUCAGGCAGCUUGGGAUGAGAGUCCACACACUGCCUGAAAGCGUGUCGAUGUUCACGUUAAAAGAGCUGCAGCUUCAGAGGGACCCCGGCUACAGGAACUCUUCCUACCCCGAGUCAGGUAACGGCAACAUCAACAGAAGGCAGAGCAUGCUUUUCUAAUGUUUCCUGAAGAGGAUGGUCAGCCGGCCAGCUUCACUGCACCUCCCAGCAACUCCUCGCAUGAGCCCACCUCCCUGAGGAGCGUCUCUCCUCACUCCCUCACCUGGACUCACUCACACGCGUACACACACACACACACACACACAUCCUCUGAAUGACUGACUUUGAGUCAAAACGCUUGGAGACUGUUUAUUUAUUGGAGUGUGAGAUUAACUUAUUUUGCUGCUAAACUACUACUGUCUACUAUAUAACAUGUAUGUGUGUGUGUGUGUGUAUACACGUGUGUGUUCGUGCACAUGAUGUGAACUGAAGACGCCAUGCACAGUUAAGCGGUCUGUUUAGGUUACUGUUAUUUCUCCUGACUAUAAUUCUUUGGUAUUUUUAGUUUGAAAUUCAACGGAUGUUGAUGUCGACGCUGUGAUGAAGUUGUUGUUUCAUUAUUGUGCUUACAGAGCAACGGCUGCAGUUUCUUCAAACUUUUUAUGCAUUGUGUAUAUCUAUACAUAUAUAUUUAUGUGUAUAUAUGUACAUGUAUAUUUGGAGAUUGUUUUUUUUGUUUGUUUUUUUUUGUCGUUUUGUUUUGUUCUCUUUCCUUCGAGCUUCCGUGACUGAUCUAUACAAGUUUCUACAUUUCAAAAAGCUGCAGCACACGACAGUGUUGGCUUUGAGGGGAACGAGAGAGACUGGUGAUGAUGAUGAUGAUGAUGGUGAUGAUGAUGGAUUUCCCAUCUUAGAUUUUUUUUCCCACCCCAAAUGUGUUUCAGAAGAACUGUGUUUUUCUGAGGGCCCGAUGGCCUUUUGGGGUCCCACUGAAAAUCUGAGCAUAGCGCCUGGCAGCUGAGGGCUGAGCGAAGCUAGCAGUUUUAGCCGCUGGGUUUCUGCUCACUCUGGUAAUUCUACAGGACCAAAUCUGACGGAGACAAAAAAUGGAAAUAGGCAUGGGCUGGUGAUUCUCAAUGAUAACCAUGAUUAAAAACUAAACGGUAUUCCUGUGUUAAGAAAACUUUCUAACAUAAUCUUUCUUUUACUUGGAACAGCAGGAACUAUUACUUCAUAUGCUACAGUUAUGUUACUUUAACAUAUUUUUAUUUUCAUACAAAUAUGGAAUAAAUGGUCAUUAAAUUUAAUAUUAAACACACUCUGCUCUUUGCAGAGAAACCGAAAUCUAAUUACCUGGUUAAUCUGUUCCGGUAGCCUGCAGCCUGCUGCUUUACAGACCUGCCAACUGUAAAUUUAAUACAGAAAUGUUUGGUUUCCACACCAUGCUUGUCUGAAAAAUAGCUCC